AAGACAUCUCCAGUAUUUUUGUACCUGUAAUCACUUAUCGUGCUAUGAACUUUUAGACCACCAUACAUAAUAAAUCCUUUGAUUUGAUAGCCGGAACAAUACCUUCGUUGCGAAAUGAUUUUAGUGUAGUUAUUAGAUCGUUCGUUUAACGUUCAUUAUUUCUUUUUGACGAUAAAUAUUAGUUAUUAAAUAAUAUAUUCUGUCUGUAUAAGAACUUCACGAUUUUAUACAAGUUAUUAAUCCCUUACUUUAAAACGUGUUGAAAUAAAAUAAUGCUUAACGGACCAAAAAUAAUAAUUAUUGGAGCUGGAGCUGCAGGAAUUGCUGCAGCAAGUAGAUUAAUAGAGAGCGGUUUUGAAAAUGUUACAAUUCUAGAAGCAGAAAGUCGAAUUGGUGGGAGAAUACACACGGUAGAGUUUUCUGAUAAUGUUGUAGAAUUAGGAGCACAAUGGGUUCAUGGUGAACAAGGGAAUGUUGUCUUUGAUAUAGCCUCUCCACACAAAUUAUUGGAUUCAUCUAAAUGUUUUAAUGAUUUUGGUGGGCAUAUAUUUGUUACUGCUAAAGGUGAAAUACUUCCAAAAAAAGAAGCUAUAGAAACAGUAAAAAUAUAUUAUGAUAUUUCUGAAAACAUAACAGAUGCUAUAAAUGAUACAGAAUCUUAUGGAGAGUAUUUCAUGUGUCAAUUUUAUAAAAUCUUUGAAGAAAAUCCAUUUACUACUCGUGAUAGAGCAGAACAAUUGCUGGACUGGAUGCACAAGUUUGAUAAUUCAAUCCAAUGUAGUGAUUCCUGGUUUGAUGUUUCUGCAAAGGAGAUUACAAAAUAUUGGACUUGCGAAGGAGAUCAUGUACUCAAUUGGAAACAUCAUGGUUAUAAAACACUGUUUGAUUUAUUAUCUCAAAAGAUUUCAAAUUCAAAAAAGAUGAUAUCCAUAAUGGAAAACAUAGAAUUUAAUAAAAAUGUUUCUAAUAUUGAUUAUACUUCACACGAUAAUAUAAUUGUGAAGACCAAAGAUGGCUCAAAAUAUACAGCAUCUCAUGUUAUAUUUACCGCAUCUCUUGGAGUUUUGAAAGAAAAGCAUACAGCAAUGUUUACACCAAUUUUGCCUGACAAUAAGCAACAUGCAAUAAAGGGUUUGGCCUUUGGAGCUGUGAAUAAAGUUUUCUUAGAAUUUCCAUACAGAUGGUGGCAAGAAGAAUGCGUUGGUUUUAGCUUAAUAUGGUCCAAGGAAGAUAAAGAAGAAUUCAUUCUAUCUCAUGGACAAGAAUAUGAGUGGCUAUGCGAUGUUUUUGCAUUUAUUUCUGUAGACUACCAACCACGAGUAUUAUGUGCAUGGAUUGCUGGCAAAUAUGCAAAACACAUGGAAUCACUUUCUGAUAAGGAUGUGUCUGAUGGAUUAUACUUAUUAUUAGAAAUGUUUUUAAGUAAAGCAUAUGACAUUCCGAAAUUCGAUCAGAUGCUCAGAUCAUCAUGGCAUGCAAAUGAACAUUUCCGUGGAUGUUACAGCUUUAGAAGCGUAACAACCGAAAAACUAAACGUGGAAACAAAAGAUUUAGCUGAACCUCUUGGUACCGCUGAUGGUAAACCUAUACUUCUUUUUGCUGGCGAAGCAACACACGAUCAUUAUUAUUCGACCGUGCACGGAGCAGUCGAAACGGGGUUUAGAGAAGCGGAUAGAAUAGUGGAUUUCUACAGAACGCGUGGUUGGUUAAAUCAAGUGAUAAACAACUUCGAUAAAAUGGGAAGGAUGCUGAAUACUUUGAAGCAAGUAACAGCGAGAACGAAACUUGUAGUGAUAGGUGCAGGUAUUGCAGGAUUGGCAGCUGCAAGAACAUUAGAAAAUGCAAAUUUCAAAGACUACCUAUUGAUCGAAGCUCAAAAUGAAAUUGGCGGUCGCAUUCAAUCAAUACCGUGGAGUAAAAGUUGGAUAGAAAGCGGAGCGCAAUUUUUACAUGGUGAUCAAAGUCAAUUAGCGCAGCUCUGUUAUCAACAUGAUUUACUUUCGAGCAUCCAGUGCAAAGAUGGUGAAGGAAUUUUUAUUCGCAACAAUGGUUGCAAAGUAGAUGAUGCUUUGGUAACGGAGAUAGAUGACUUUGUUCGCACAACUUUAGAAGAGUGUGAAAAUUAUGAGAACAAAACCGUCGAAGCUGGCAACGAAAAUAUUGGUAGAGUUUUAAGAAAUUCUCUCGCCAAGUACUUAGACGAACAAAACGAUUCACUGAGAAUAAAGAAUAUAAAAAAGGAAAUUUUUGAUUGGAAUGUCAGAUUCCUUACAAUAGACAAUUCUUGUUUUACAUUAGAUGAAUUGUCUACUGAAUACUGGGGAAAAUUUAAGUUUGUUGGAGGACCAGAACAUCUUUCAUUCAAAAGCGGGUACGGCUCAUUGACAAAACUUAUUGCUAAUGGUUUAAAUGGGAAAAACUUACUUCUGAAUACUUCCGUGGAAUCGAUUGAGUGGCAACCAGUGGUUGAUAAUGAUUUUGACCCUCCACUUGUAUUAACUCUUUCCGAUAAUACUCGGAUCCUCGCAGAUUGUGUGAUAGUUACUUGUUCUCUCGGUUAUUUAAAGGAGAACCAGAAAAACAUGUUCAAUCCACCUCUGCCAACACAGUUCACUCAGGGAAUUGAAAAUCUUGGGUUUGGCCUAAUUAACAAAAUCUUUCUCGACUUUGGUGUUCCUUGGUGGAAACCUGGUACAAAAGGAUUUCAAUUACUUUGGAAAGAAAGUAAAUUAGUUUCUUCUAACGAAACAUUGGCUGCAUGGACCCGAGAUCUUACAGGUUUCGACGUUCUACCAGACCACGAAGGUGUUCUCCUCGGUUGGAUCGGUGGUCGAGGAGCUUAUAUCGUUGAAACUUUAAGCGAACAACAAGUUGCGACUGACUGCGAAAAUUUGCUCAAGCAUUACCUAAAAUUCGAUAAUAUAUUUCCAGUAAAAAGGUGUCUUAGAACUCAAUGGAAUGCAAACAAGUAUAUCCGAGGUAGUUACAGUCAUAUAACAACAAAAUGUGAUGAUAAUAGGAUAACACCAAACAUUCUGUCACAACCUGUUUGGGGUAAAGUAAUGCAGGAAAGUUGUAGUAAGGAUGUACCCAUCAUCAUGUUUGCUGGUGAAGCAACUCACGAGAACUUUUAUUCCACGACGCACGGUGCUUACGACACUGGAGUAAAGCAAGCACAAAUGUUCCUUGGUCAUUAUAUUACAAACAGCUGAUUACUAUAAUGUGUAUAAAAAUAAUUUUCAAGUAUGUAUGUAUUUACACACAUUUCCUGUACAUAUGUAUAUAUAUAUACAAGUACAUACGCACAUCUUUAAUCGAAUGGAAAUAAACGAAAAAUUCUUACAUUUAAUAAUUA